AUGGAGAGAAAGGCUGAGAAACCAAGUGAGAUCCCCGGUAAAGGUAGAGGUGUGGUUCUUUCUGAAAUACCGCCUGAGACUACCACCGAGCUACACGGUGUUGAUGAGGCUCUUUUUGGAGGCAGAGAUGAUAUGAUUGGAUCAGGACACCAAAGUAGAAAGAUGGCUAGUGUCAUUGUCUCUCCACCUCUACGGACAGCAAAUAUGGAAGAUAACGUCACAAUACGUAGUAGAAGUGCAACUAGAUCAUUGUCUUUUGCGAAUGUCGACUCAGUAGAUGAAGGGGAGCAAGUCAUUGGUGCUCUAGAUGAUAUGGAUAAAAAUGAAACAAAUGAUGCAACGAAAAUGACUCAUGAGGAUUAUGAUGAUGCUGAUGAUGAUCUUUUGGGUGAGGAGUUUAUGGAGGGACGAAGCCGGGAUUCCUCCAUCGAGGAUCCCCCAGGUUGA